AGUCAUCGGUUAAGCCACUGAAAAUCGAAACGAAAAUGAAAGAUGAGAAAGUGAGCUUUAAUUUGAUAUGGCUGUUAAUGCGCUUCACAAAGUUGAUACUUGGUUCCAGUAUAUGAACCAUCAGUUUGUGGAUACCAUAAUCUGUUUGUCUGAAUCAAGGAAGUGUAAACGGAAUGAAUGUGAACACUGCAGAGAUAGUAAUGGCCUCAAAACUCGCUUCCUGAUUAGACAUGCUGUUCUGACCCUGUGAUGAAAACUGCCACUACAGGUACCAACAGUUGUAUAUGCACGAGGGCACUUAAAGCUAAAGAGUUGGUACUCUAAACUUCACAAGAUCCUCCUUUUUCAGGUUUCCAGUAAGGACAUCUUAAGGUAGUAGCAUCAGCUCUGAGUGCAUGCCAAAUGCUCUGCCCAUCACCCACAGAAAAAUUUGAAGUUCUACAGGAUAAUAAAGCUAAACUAGAGUAGUGGUUGUGACAGCAACAACCACAGAGCUGUUUCCGAUUUCAAGUUGGUUAAUGUGAAAAAUAUAUAUACAAAACUCACAAGAUAACGUCAUCAUGACUUCAUUAACCUGGCGUAAUUCUUAUUUCAGGGUCUUUGUUGCCUGUAACUUUGAUAACAAUCAAACAUCGCGAAGUUAACGAAAUGGUGACUUGAAAACAUAAAGAAAGGGCUUAUAUAAAUUAUAAAAAAUCAAUAAUAAAUCAGAUGAUGACACCAUUGUGAUGUCAUUUGUUUAUUAAGAAUAUUUCUUGUAUCAGUGUCGUUUUUGCCUAUCACGUUGAUUACAAUGGAACAUUGUGAAAAUGGCUUGAAAUCGUACAAAGUCAAAGGGCUAAAAACAUACAGAAAAAAUGUUCCUGUAAGUUCAUGUCACGUGAUUUGCACUGAAAUUGAAAACAAUUUAUGAAAUAUUAUUUGACAUUUUUACUCUUGGAACAUUUCAACUCGAAUAACAGCAUAAACUAUAUGAUUUCUCUUUUGUUCUCACAGUAAUCUUGAGCCAAAGUUCAGGACUACUCAGUCAUUCAUGUGUAGUAGAAAAACGUGUACAAAACCUAUAGAGAAAAUCUUUAAUCUCAUGUCAAGUGACCCCCGAUGAUGUCAUUUUGAUGAUUUUGUCCUGGGACCCUCUGUCCAUGAUGGACUACAAGUGUACAUAAACGAAAUAAGGCUGAAUAACUAGAUUGCCGAAGACUAACUGUCGAAAAACUUGUACAAAACCCAUGGGGGAAAAUUAAAAUCCAAAAAUCAUUUUAAAAUUAUGUGAUUACAUCAUCGUGAUGUCACAAAUAAAGCAAAAUUGUUUCAUCAUGGUCUUUGUUGGCUGUAAAUUUGAUGACGAUCUAACAUCGAGAAGUUACCAAAAUGGUGUACAAAGUCAAUGAGCUGAAAUAAAUAUCGAAAAAUCAGUAAAAAAUCAGAUGAUGACAUCACCAUGACAUCCUCCAUUUAGGGUCUUUGUUGGGUAUCACUUUGAUAGCGAUCAAACAUCACGCAGUGACCUUAUGGUGGCCUUGAAACAUGUACAGUACUUGUACAAAGUCAAUGUUCUAAAAACACACACAAUGUACAGUGGUACAGUGUAUGCAGAGAAACUGCUCCUUUACGUUGAUGUCACGAGAUUUGCGUUUAAACUGAAAACGUUCCAUGAAAUAUUACUUUAUAUUUUGACUCUUGACUAUAUUUAUAAUCAAACAAAAGGGAAAAUUUAGUCUGAUUUCUCUUUCUUGUACUAAUUCGUGGUCGAAGUUGAGGACUACUCACGCAUUAAGCUUGAUAAUAGUUUGUAGUAGAAAAACGUGUACAAACCCUAUGGCAAAAUAUUAAGUAUUCAAAAUUCAGCAAUAGCUGUUCCAGCUGUAAGCCGAAACAGAUAGUCAGUGACAUUUUUGUGGGUGUACAUGUUUGGUAACCACAUUGUCUAAAACAUACACAAAAGUUAAUUACGGGCUAUGCUUAAGGUUUUAAAAUCUGGACUUAAUGAUUGCUUUAAAAAAACAGCAGUUUUUCUAUUUUUCAAUAACCUUGGUCAAGUUUUUUAAGAUAAAUAAAUACACAGAUGUAAUCUCUGUUGUUUAUAGUUUAGGAAUCAGUUAUUGUCAUGUUUUCAACUAAAUUUUCAUAAAAUAUAAAGAAAAUUGACCAAUGUUUCCAUUCAUUUGUGCAUCUGCACUUGACAAACCAAGAUAUGAUUCCACAAAUCAUUCUAAUGAGUGAGGGACAUGAGAUAUUACAAAUCAAUUCUCAAUUGUAAGGUUCCAUGUGUAAAUCCUAUGGCAAAUGUAAGCGUAACAUCAUUUACUGUCAUAUCCUAAAGUUUUCACAGCAUAAAAGGAAAGAUUUAGCUUAUUUCUUUGCACCUCUACCUAAGAACCUACAUGUACAUGUAUGUAUUAUAUCAAAUCAAAUACAGGUAUAUCCUUCUAGCAAGUCAGGGACAUGAGAUAUUUCAAUUUGAUUCUACACAAUAAUUUUCUAUGUCCUUUUUGUGUAACAUCAGUUACCCGACAUGUAUUUUUGCUUGCUGUUCAAUGAGAACUGCAGUUUGGGUGAAAAAUUUCCCACCUAUUUCUUCACUCUCCUUAACUCAUAAAAUUUGUACUAACUACAAGCCCCAGAUAUUUCUAUUCACAUAAUUACAAUACAAAUACUGUACAGUAGUAAAACUUUGCCUUGUAAAUUCAGUUACUGUGGAAUGCCCCACUUAAUAAUUUAUGUGAGUAGUUUCCUUUUCAAAAAUGUACAUGUACCACUUUGUGAGAAUUUAAGGGGUAACAAGAAGCAAUAGAGGCAGAGCUGUACGUUCCCCAGUCAAAAUCCUCCCAAGCCUCUUGGUAGAUUGAGUGGGGAUCAGGGAAGGUUGGGUGGAAACAGAUAGUUUGGUUUAUUUCCAUACAUCAUAAUUAGAACAUAAAGAAGCAAUGUUAUUACAGAAUAAAAUAAUAAAUGAUGAAUGGCGGAUACCAGACAGAAAGCAAAACGCUUUGUUCCUUAUUUGUUAUAAUAAAAUCUAUAUUAGGCUAUAAAUACUAAAUACAGAAGAGGGAGUGAAGAGAGUAAGAUAAUUGAAGGUACAGCUGAACGUUAGAAUUAAGCAAGAUUUUCUUUGUCAUAAGAUCUACAAUUCUAGACAUGACUGUUUCAAUAUUAAGGUUAUAAAUGCGCAGUAGAAAUGACAUAUACGUCCACAAAAUACAUGUACAACAUAGGGUAAAUAAACUACUGUAUAUUACACUGGAAAGGAGGACAUUUUUCAAGUACGUUUUUAAAACCAUGUAUACUUCUAAAGUACAUAUAUGGUAUUGGGGUGAUUUUAUUCCAGAGCAAAGGACCUUGAUGUCGAACUGUAUUGAGAAAUAUCAUAGUUCUUGCCUUUGCAAUGUGAAGCUUGGCUUCUGACCUAGUAUUAUGAACCUCUUCUUCCGCAUCACCAAUCUCACCCAGAUUGGAGUCAACCUGAUUUUCGUUGUGGAUGGUGAACCACCCGAGUUGAAGUGGGAUGAGAUGGAGAGACGCACCCAAGCCCGCUUUGAGGGUAAGGGACGAGGUACAUGUAGAUGGGGGCGGAGCAGGUGCAAACGGAAUAAAACAGCAGGCAGGGCUGCUACUGUUGCCAGUAUGGAUGUGACAGAAGGAAAGAAGAAAGAACGAAAACGUUUUAAGUUUGUUGUGAAAGAGUGUCAGGAGAUGUUGGAGAAUCUUGGUGUACCUUGUGUGCAGGCUGUUGGGGAGGCAGAAGCCUUGUGUGCUCUUAUAAACGUUCAAGGGCUUGCAGAUGCCUGUGUAACUGAGGAUGGAGAUGUAUUUCUAUAUGGGGCCCGCACUGUCUACAAGAACUUUACCCUUAACACGAAGGAUCCCCACAUUGAGUGUUACUCCAUGGAUGAGAUUGAGGCGCAGCUUGGACUGGACCAGAGCAAACUUAUUGCUCUUGGUCUUCUCCUUGGCUGUGACUACACCCCAGGAGUAGUAGGGAUUGGUCCUAAGCAGGCCCUGGGGCUAAUGAAGCAGCUUGGACCUGGAGUGGACGUACUGGAUAGGUUUCGAGACUGGGCAAAUGGGAGGAUACCAAGGGAUUGCCUACAGGAAGCAGCUCCCAAGAAGUUGCCACAUUGCAGCAAGUGCACACAUAUAGGUUCACUGAGGGAACACAAGGUGUAUGGCUGUGCUUUCUGUAAAAGUGAUGUUGCUUGCCAGCCAAAGUCUGUGGACACUCCUGUGUGUUCCUGCCCCAAGCAUGUGUCAGCAAAGUCCAAAGGAAAAUCCUCUCUGGAACCUGAUGUCAUGAAGAAGGCCUGUGCUGUACCAGAUUUUCCCAAUGAGCAGGUGAUAGAUGAGUUCUUGGUGGUAAAAGACAAGUGUUCUGAGACAGACUUUGCCCGGAGGAGACCGCAGCUUAUAGCUGCACAGAAAUUCAUUUCAUCCAAGCUGGAGUGGCCCAAGGACUACACUGUAGAGAAGGUGUUUCCACUUGUCACUCUGUGGGACCUCCAGGCCUUAUCAUCUGGUCAGCCCUUUGAUCCUAAAUUUCAUCUGACACCAACUGCUGUGAUCAAGAAGAGGGUGAGGCAAGGUGUGCCAUGUGUGGAGGUUCAGUGGCAAACUGGAAUUCCUCAUUCAGAGCUGGAGUUUCCAACCACCAUCGAGAAGGAGGAAGUAUUUUCCAAAGCCUUCCCUGAAUUGAUGACAACCUUUGAAGAAACCAAAGCUUUCAAAACAAAGCAGAAACGGGAAAAAAAGACUUCCAAAUCCACCAAGGACAGUUCCAAGGAUACAUGCGACUCUCCUGACCACUGCUAUCCAUCCAGCAGUGAAGGGAAUCUUGAGCAUCUUGCUUCAGCUGUUGCUGAUUUAAGCUUGAAAUCCGAUCAACAUAUCGAACCCAGUAAUGAUCACUCAUGCCUACUGACAGAGACUACCUCACAUUUUGGUAAUUACCAGGAUCACUUGGCUCUGCCUGAUGUUGUGUCAUCUUGUUGGAUCGAGAAGCCACCCCUCACAAACUCCAAUCAUCCCAAGUCAGUGUCUUGCUGUAAUACCUGUGGUAAACAUGACAUUUUCCAGAGGAUGGAUUGGACGUUCAACAAGAGCACAACUUCUUCAGAAGACAUGUUUCCAACUUCACUUACUAAUGGACCGUUCAUCGGAAACAUCAGUGGCAUUCCCAUGAAUAGAAAACCCAGCCAGUCAAGAACACAUUAUAUAUCUUCACUAGGAAAUACCUCGUGCUCUGCCACUGAUGAUGACAUUGAGGCAGAACUACUUCCUCUCAGUGAGCGGCUUCGACUCAAGGAAGUUCUUGAGACCAUAUCUUUGAAUGACUCAUAUUCAUCUUCAUCCUCUGAGACUCCUAACCUAGUCAGUGCAUCUCCCAAGGCUGGGAAAAAGGUGCUUACAGAUGAUUUUAGGGCAGAAUCAUUUCACAAUCAAUUAUUACUUUCAGUAGAAGAAUCAAACAGUCCCUCGUCAUCACCAACAGAUAUCAGUCCUCCUUUGUCAGUCAUUGCAGAAGAUGCUAACUUCACUCUUGGCUUUGAGCUUACUAAGAUGCUUUUGUGUGAUGGCACUGUGCCUCAGGAUAAUCAGUUGUUUGGUUUUGCUAAACCUGCAAAUUGUGAUCCCAGCAGAGCUAAACAUUCUUCAUCAGUAGUUGGAGCAGGAAGCCCACUGGCAAAGAAACAGUCUUCUGUGUCUCUGUCACUUCAAAAGAACCUGUUCAUCAAAAAUGCCAACAGUGAUUCUGUAUGCCACUUUGAAUAUCUAAGACCCAUUGAACAUGAAGAGGACAAAGCACCAGAACACACACAAGCUCAGAAAGCAUCUGCCUCUAGAGAACUUGCUGAUAACCAACGAUCUCAAAAGCAAACAUCACUUGAAUGUCCCUCUCCUGGAUACACUCAGUAUCCUAAUUUCAGCUUGAAAUUUGAACUGACAAAUAUUCUCACUGAAGAUGAAAGUUUACUGCAGAGAAAUGAGACAUUUGGAAUGAAGGAUGAAAGACCAGAGCAAUUGCUUGGCAAUCCAAUGUCAGUUGAGAAGUCAGAGCUGCUUGAUCCAUACAAAGGGGUAAGUAGUUCAUCAGCCAACAGAGAGUGUGAGGUGAUGUUGCUUCCAUGCCAAGGUCAAAAAAGAGAUGUAAAGAAUGAAGCAUCACAGGAUAGCAAUUCAAGUCUUCAGCGAUCAGGAGAAAUGCCAAAUAGAGAGACAACUAGCAAGAAUCAAUCUGAGAAUGCAAAAGUCAACUAUAACACUUUCAAAAAGCACUUAAAGUGCUUUCCCCAAGAGAAAUUUGAGGAUGUAGAUUCAGAUAUGCAUCGGCAGAAAAAUGGAAGGCUGGAAAGAAAUCAAAUAGUAAUAAAAAACAUUCCACCUCAGGAUGUUGGGAUGAAUUUCACAGUUGAAAAAGAACUUUGUGGAAUUUUCACUGUGAAUCAAGGAGAUUUGGAAUCUGAGUCACCUUGUUUGUCAGCCAGUGACAUGGGACAAAUACCGACAGAAACUACUACUGAUGAGAAUUUGGACAGAGCAUUUGCCCCACUGCCUAUUGAUGUGGACACCCCUUCUGUAGCAAAUGAAUCAUUUGGUAGAAUAACUAACCAAUCAGAGCUCAAAAGAGCCGGAGACCAUUGCCAUCCAAUAGUUAUAACACCUGUUUCACACCUUCCUAGGCAUUCAAGAGACUUGAACAUCUCCAGGGCUCAUUUGGGAACAGCUCUUGGAGCCCUUCAUCACAGCUUGUCAACUCAUUCAGACAGCCAAUCAUGGACCAACUCUGACCAAACACAAACAACCUUUAAUCACAGUUCAGUAUAUCUUUUGAACAGUCCUAUAGAAGUCACUUCUCAUGAAGAGAACAGUCCCGUUUCGUUGUUGGACCGGUUGAGAAAGAAACAUGGGAAUCAGAAUGGUGUUGUCUCUGCUGCUCUUGGGAUGAAAAAUGGGGGUACAUUUGGGAGGAAACAAAAAAGAGAUAGAAAAGUUCUUACGGAGAUAUUCAGUGAUGAUAAUGAAGACAAUAAACUUGUUCUUAAAUAUUGACAUACCUACUAUAUGCAUCCUAAAAUGAUCCCUCCAAGACAAUUGUGAGUUUAUGUGGUUCAGUGUAAAAAUAAAAUAUAAAAAGUGAUAAUACAGGUUGUCCCAGAAUUAUCCGAACUCCCAAAUGCUCACUGUAUGGUUGACUAUGAAAAUAACUUGAAUUGGUUUUGACUUCGUAAUAAUCAUCUUUCCAUAUUUCUUAGCUUUCUUGCCAAACUAAGACUAAGAAAUUUUAAGCAUUAAGAACGAAGCAGUUUUAAGUAAAUUUACACGUACCUUUCCCUUUUUUCCCGCUUUGCUCAGCUAUUAAAACACCACCUCUUACAGAAUCAAGUGUAAUUCAGUUUAGUGUGGCCGAUUUUCAUAAUUUUCAUUCUCAAAAAGCUGAAAGAAUGGCACAUUUGCAAGUUGAAAAAUUGCCAAUUACAGUUAUGUGUACUUUCAUGGUCAGAAAAUAAUAAAUUCAAACAUUCUGAAUUCUUAUUGUUCUGGGAUCUAAGUGUUAGUUCUCCGUAUUUUAAUUAUUGUAAUGUUUUCACAAUCAAGCAAAAAGUGUUAGAAGUAGUUACUAAAAGAUAAAUCCUUUGCAGUAAAUAUCAUAAUAAAUACAGCAACAGAUGUACACGUGGAGACUUUUGAAGAUGUAUUGAAAGGUUAUAGCCACUUGGUUUGUAAUGAAUUUUAAAUCGCUGAGCGUAGUUCUGUAAGGCGCUGAUUCGGGGGGAUUGCAGGUCAACAUCCUUGCUUAUCGUCAGUUUUUUUUUGUUUUUUUUUGUAAGGGACCUACUUCUUAAGAUUGGAAGGAGCCCCUGAAAGUACAUGUAUAAGGGUCUUAUUUCGCGUGUACACGGUUAACGACAAAACAAAGGUAUUAAAUUGCUUUGCCGACGGCGACAGCUACAUGUAGUAGUCCCCCACCCCCUGUGCGAACGGGAAUCCCCACAGCAGUGGAUCUGCCCCUGUUCCAUUCCUUAUUCUUGCUGUUUAAAAAUCAAUCGCAUUGGUAAUUUACAAUUUUAUUUUUAUCAAAUUUAGUUACAUGUAUAUUUAAAAUCAUCUUGUGCGUAAAAAAUAAAACUAAAAGCACGAGUUGAAGUUAAUUUUCCUACGUCCAUGUUCAGGCAAACUAAAAACGAAAGAUAAAUGUAUAUUUUAAAAAAAUCGGGAAAAAACGUUUUGUGUGUACUCUUGUAUAAUACUAUAAUGGGAUAUACAUGUUCUUAUUGUUUAAAUACCGUAAGCCACAAAAUAAACUGAUAUAUAUACAAUAUGUAUG